AUGUGGCCCAUCGAUGACAACUCCUGCGAGCAAAACGGGGGAGAAAUCUUCCGCCGGCGUUUGGCGGAACUCAAAAUAUCACCGACUUUCCGCAUCUUCACCGCCGAGGAAUUAGACCGCGCCACCGACAGUUACAGCGAAAGCCGCAUCAUCGGCCCUGGAAGCAACACCGAUAGCAUCGUCUACAAAGGCCUCCUCCCAGCCACCGCCGACAACACACAUCAUCAUCCCAUCGUCGCUAUCAAGAAAUGGGUCUCCUUUAGUGGGCACAACAUCGAUCAGUUCAUAAGCGAGCUGAUCAGUCUCUCCAAGCAUCCAGCCGAUAAGCACAUCGUCCGCAUCGUCGGUGCCGGCUGCGACGAAACGCCGCUCCCCGUGGUGGUCUACGAGUAUAUGCCCAACGGCACGCUCCACCACCACAUCCACGAACUGUAUGGAUCCCUGUCUUGGGAAGAUCGGUUGAGAAUCGCGACGAUGACGGCAGAGGCCUUGGCUUGCCUUCACUCCGCCAUCCCCAAUCCGCAAUUCCAUCGCGGGGUGAAAGCGAAGGAUAUACUGUUCGACGAAGGGAUGGUGCCCAAGUUGUCCGAUUUUGGAGCGAGAUUGAUGAUGGUGGGUUGUUUUACGUUUCUGAGGAUUAAGAAAGACAGGGAUGGGUAUUUGGAUCCGGAAUUCAGUAACUUUUCGGGGAGGACGGUGGAGAAGGGAGAUGUGUAUAGCUUCGGCGUGGUAAUGGCUGAGCUGUUAACGGGGGAAUUUCCUGUGUCGGUGGAGAAAGGGGAAUUGGGGAAGAGGUUUCGGGAAGGGGUUGCGGCGGGGAGGUUGCUUGAGAUGUUGGAGGGAAGGGUGAGAGAAGAAGCUGCUGGGAAGGAGAAAGUGGUGGAGGCGGUGGCGGAGGUGGCCAGGAGGUGUUUGAUGGUGAGCGGGGAGGAGAGGCCGACGCUGAGGGAGGUGGCGGAGGAGCUGCGGAGUUUCGCCACUUAG